GAGGCAACUGACUGACUUGCAUUGUCAAGGUCAAUACAAGUAGUAUCAAAACCCAAGCUGAAGCGGCUUGUUCAACGUGUUUGCAACAAGAAUGAAAUUCGGUCACUUGAACUAUCGCCGAGGUGUUAUAACGUACUCACUAUCACCUUACGAACAAAAAGCCUUUGCAGGAUUCUUUACACAUGGGUUCCCAAAUCUAAUGAGGAGAUUUAGGGAGAAAGUACUUGUUGUUGGUACUCCUUUUGUUUUAUGCUAUAUGGUGAUUGAAUGGGCUAACGAGGAAAAUAGGCGGUCAAAGAGAAAAGGUGCACAUGUUCACGAAUAAAAUGCUUUUGGUGUUCCAUAUGGAAUGAUACUACAUUCUAGAACGACCGUGGAGUAAAUAGAUAUUGUUGUAACAGUCAUUUGAAAAAGUUAGUUAAAUACAUAUCUACUAUAGAAGUCCUGGAAACGUGCUCUUGAUGAUAGAACUGGGUUCCACGACCAGUAUUUAAUCGAGUUGAUGAUAAUCCUUAGUGUUCAC